AGUAUAACUUUUGAAAUGCAAUCUCUCUCUCUCUCUCUCUCUCUCGUUCGUCAUGCUCUACGUCAAAGGGCGUCGUGACGUGAAAUCAUUGAAAUGGUCGCUUUUGUAUGAGUCGGCAAAAUUUGUCGGCGAAAAAUUAAAAGUUGCAUGAUUUUGGUCACUACGGACAGCUUCGGAUUGGUUGCCGACGAGGACAGUAAGAAGGCCAAGACCGUCGAUAACGACGAAAGUGUAAAAUACACGCGCGAGUCAACUCAAAAGGAGAGUUCUAAAAGUAGAUACAUGCGCCAUACAUAUAUGUAUAUGUCGAUUUCUUUUUUUUUAGAAAGAAACUAAAACUCUAAUCUUAACAACAAUUAGAUGGCCCCGUAAAGUUUGGGAUGUCAAUGUCUGGAAUAUGCUGUGUAAUUAGCUGUGUGAAUAGAAAAAAUCGUUCAUAAAGAAAUGGUCCUAAAGUUGUGGGUGCGUUGCAUUAUUGCGUAAUAGAACAUAGGAUAUUUUGUGUCCGACGUAGUUUUGGUGCUCGUGUGAAAUCACACGCUCUCUUGCCAGAUGGGUCUUCUGAGAAGAACGCUUCAAAAUCCGACCCCACAUUGGAUUCAGAUUUGGAUUCUAAAAGACAUGCCUCAUCCUCUCAUAUAAAAAGCUUAAACCCUUAAUUUUUUAUUAUUUCAAAUCCAUCAUUCCCUUUCUUGCUCCCGCCCUCACAACAACAGUAUGGAUUUUCCCGGAAAUAAUCCAUCUUCUAGGAAGAAUGGAAACUUAGCCCCUAUUCCUUCUUCUUCCUCCUCUUCUUAUCCUCUUUCUUGUACUUCUGCUCCUUUUUCUUCUUAUUUCCAGCUGUAUGACCACGAGAUGAUAGAUUCUUCACGAAACAACCCCUCUUCUAGACAAAACAUCAGCUGGGUCCCAACUUUUCCGGAUCCGUCUUCGUCCUCUGCCUCUGUUGGAUCAUCAUCAUCGACCUUGUGGUCGCCGCAUUACAUGGCACGAUGUGAGCAGGAGAAUGAGAUCAUGGUCUCUGCCUUUAUAAAGGUGAUAUCCGGCACUGCAUGUGAAACGCCGUCACCACUGCCUUUGACCGCCAUGGCAGCACCUUUCGAGAUCAUGGGUUCGGAGGAGAAGCACGAUGGUGAGGUGAAGUACAAAGGAGUGAGGCGGAGGCCGUCGGGGAAAUGGUCGGCGGAGAUAUGGGAUCCACGUGGCAGAUCUAAGAGGUGGUUGGGGACCUUCCCCACGCCGGAGAUGGCGGUGCGUGCUUAUAACGAGGCGGCGGCGGCUCAGUUGGCGGCCGCCGGAGACAGACGCCUCCCGGAGGCGAACCCACCGUCGGAGAAUCAAACAGCCGGUGACAAUCAAGAAGAAGACGAUGGAGAAGGUUCAUGGUGGCAGAAUUUUGAUGUCGAUGAGAUGAGAAGAUUGCUUGAAAUGGAUUGAAAAGUGAAGUAAAUAUAUAUAAGUUCAUAUAUCGAUGAACGAGGGCGUGACGUGUGUACGUAUUAUAGAAUGUUUUACGCAUUCAAUCUCUGUGGAUUCGUAGUGUUUAAUAGCGGGUGAAUGGGUGAAUUGCGUUUCAGUUAUAUACGUAAAAUCGUUGAGUUGGUAUCAUGGCAAGAGUGUGUUGACUUUUUGACUUUCGAAGUUCAGUAUACUCUUGAGAUGAGACCUAAUAAGACAAAGCCGAAAUUUGCUUGGCUUUGAAAUGAAGCACGUGAUUUUUAUUGUUUUUCUCUCUCUCGUUUUUGUCUUUCAUUAUUGAUUAUAAAGGUGGGCUUGAAAACUUUGAUUUCGUUUUGAUCUGUCUAGCCAUCUUGGGUAAAGUUUAAUCAUAUUUUUGUUAAAAAAAAAAACACUAUGACAAUGUAUGUAAUCAAAUUUAAAUGGGCUGUGAGAAUAUGAUUGUUUUAUUUUCCGUUUCGAGCAGGUAUGUGAUCAAGUUUAACGAGUAAUAAUAUGGAUUAAACUCCCACUAAUUAUUAGCGAGCGCUAAAUAAAAGAACCCACAACCUCCUGUUAAUUAAGAUCAAAAUGUAACUCCCGUUUGCGAUUAAUUAGUGUUGUAAGUUUGUAACCUCUCUUUUUUUCUUGGAUGAGUUGUUGGAAAAUAUCCUCUAUAAUUUGUUACGUGCUUUAAUAUGCCAAAAAGCA